CCAUGGAAGAAUAGAAAACUAAGAAGGAAAUUAAGAGCAAAUUGGAAAAGAAUGUAGUUAACUUAAUUUUAGGAUAAACUCUAUGGAAUUUGGAUGAAGAUAGUCAAAGAUAAAAGAGACAAUAAACUAUAUUGAAAGAAACACUAAUUUUGUUUACCACUGAAAUCUGAUUAUUGGAAUUUUA